GUGCAGCCUCGCAGAUAUGGCCUUGGAUAAUAGAACGGUAUCCGAGAUGAAAUUCCAACGUCUUUGGCCGCUGCCCGGGGUCUAAUAAGUACACGCACCCCCACGUCCUAUCUUUCCCGACCGGUCCACAUCUGUAUCUAUCACAACAGAUACCCGCUAAAUGGGGCCGAAUUACAACAUCGGCUAUCAGCUGUACACCUCGGUCAUGACUAUGGCUAUGCUUUCAAGCGGAUGUUGAGUCCCUCGGCCAAUGGCGCUUCUCCGGACCUUCUCAGGAGUUCCCUACGUAGUCCGGCGUUUCUUAUAAGCUUAAAGCCGUCUCACCAAAAUGGCAUUUACGGACAUGCUGCUAACUAUGUGUUGUUACUACCAGCUUUCUACUCUUUCUGUAGUCGUUCCCAGCGUUUAAGCGGGUCUUGGCCUUGUAUCAGUAUACGAUUUCUUGGCCUCCCUGCUGUCUUGCCUCACGACUGGAAUUAUGAGCUCCAACACCUUUAAGCAAGCCGCGGAAGCAGCACGAACCAAGACGUCCGCCAUGGGCAAACAGGGCUCGGAGGCAGUUUCUGCCGUAGGAAAUGACUUCCUACACACGCCCAUCAUGCGAGCGGCCCUUCCUUUCCUUAACGGCGGCAUCUCUGGCAUGGUUGCGACCACUGUCAUCCAGCCUGUAGACAUGAUCAAGGUCAGAUUGCAACUUGCUGGCGAGGGCGUUGCCACCGGGCCCAAACCUACUCCGUUAUCCGUCACGCGAGAUAUCCUUGCGCAAGGCAAGGCUCUUGACUUGUACACCGGCCUCUCGGCGGGUCUUCUCCGCCAGGCGGUAUAUACUACAGCGAGAUUGGGCUUCUUCGACACAUUUCUGAAGAAGCUAUCAGCGCGCGCCAAGGAGAAGGGUAGACAGGUUAGCUUUGUUGAGCGAGCGAGUGCUGGACUUGCGGCCGGUGGGAUAGCAGCCUUUAUCGGAAACCCUGCAGAUCUCGCUCUCAUUCGAAUGCAAUCAGAUGGUCUCAAGCCUAUCGCUGAGCGCAAGAACUACAAAUCCGUUAUUGAUGCAUUAUCGACGAUCGUCAAAUCCGAAGGCGUUACUGCGUUGUGGGCCGGUGCGACACCAACGGUAGUACGAGCCAUGUCGCUUAACUUAGGUCAACUAGCAUUCUUUUCGGAAGCUAAAGCGCAACUCAAGACGCGCACCCAAUGGUCUCCUCAGUCGCAAACCUUAACAGCCAGCGCCAUUGCUGGCUUUUUCGCUUCCUUCCUCAGCUUGCCCUUUGACUUCGUGAAGACGAGAUUGCAGAAGCAGCAACGCGGUCCUGAUGGCAGACUUCCGUACAAGAACAUGACGGACUGCUUCGUCCAGGUCGCCAGACAGGAAGGUAUCACGCGCUUCUACCGUGGAUUCGGUACCUAUUACGUGCGUAUUGCGCCGCACGCCAUGGUGACCUUAAUUGUUGUAGAUUAUCUUGGUUGGUUGACGAAAUAAUUUGUCAGCCCCGGCUGUUGAUUACCCAUCUUUAAUUAUCUUUUAGUUCGCUUAACUGUCUAUGUAGAAAGCGACGGGGGCGUCCAGCGGUUAUCAUGGGAAGCAUUGCCAAGGUCAUUUACGGGGGACUAAGGAAAAUACCAUUUGUACAUAUUAUCAUCGUUUUCAUAUAUUUUGUACUUUGCGGAAUGCAACCAAAUAAUUUUUUGUACAAGGGGGCAAGAACUAUAAGUGACUAUAUGAUACUUAUGCUUUACACC